AUGACAGAUCAUAGCACAUGCCCACCGCUCACGCGGCAGUCCGUCAAAAAUGCACAUAAACGCAUCGAGCCUUAUAUCCAUCGUACGCCAGUCGUCACUUGCGAAACUCUCAACAGAAUAGCAUCGACCGCACAAUCAGAAAGAGACGAGGGCCGACCAGUUGGCGAGACAAGUAAUGGGACAGCAAAUCCAAAGAUCAGGUUAUUCUUCAAAUGCGAGAAUCAUCAGAGGAUUGGAGCUUUCAAAGCACGAGGUGCAUUCCAUGCGCUUGGCCGCUUAAUCGAAGUAAAGGGCCUGGAGAAUGUUCGCAAGACGGGUGUAGUCACACACAGCAGCGGCAAUCACGCUCAAGCUCUCGCCCUCGCUGCCAAAACUCAUGGCGUCCCGGCUCACAUCGUUAUGCCCACGAUAAGCACGCCUUCCAAAAUCGCUGGUACCAAGAGUCAUGGGGCCAAUGUCAUCUUCUCAGGCUCGACUUCUGAUGAGCGUGAAGCUGUCGUAAGAGAUGUGAUAGCAAAGACGGGCGCGACAUUGAUCCCACCUUAUGAUCAUCCUGAUAUCAUCUUGGGACAAGGAACUCAGGCUUUGGAGUUGGAAGAGCAGGCGAAAGACUUGAUAUCACAACAUCCUGACUUGAGCGUGAGUCGAGAGAAGUCAGGUUUGGAUGCAGUUAUAGCACCAAUCGGUGGUGGAGGAAUGCUGAGUGGGAUUUGCACUGCACUUCACGGGACCGGGAUCAAAGUCUUCGGCGCCGAACCAAACUUCGAAGGUGCGAAUGAUGCAGAGCUGGGGUUAAAGCAGGGAAAGAGGAUCGAAAAAGUCAAGACUUUGACGAUCGCUGACGGUUUGAGAACGCCUGUCGGUGAGAUACCUUGGAGUAUCAUUACGGACAAGAGCAAGUUGGAGAGUAUUUUCAGCGUGAGCGAAGAGCAGAUCAAGGCUGCUUUACGACUGGCGAUGGAAAGGGCAAAGUUGUUCAUUGAGCCUUCUGCUGCUACGACACUAGCGGUUGUGCUUUACAAUGAAGAGUUUCGAUUAUUGGUCGAGAGCAUGGCUGGCAACGAAGGAUGGAACAUCGGUGUGAUUCUCAGUGGUGGCAACACCACUGUCGAGGCGAUUGCGAAAUUGUUCACCCCAACGACAAAUGGAGAAAGGGAGGCUGCGAAGAUUGGCGUCAAUGGCGAGAAGACUGCUGAAAAUGUUGCAGGAUAG